ACGAGAUGGUGGUGGGAGUGACGUGAGGCGGUGCGUUUCCUUUUUCUGUGAGCGAAGCACUGGCUGGAGAGGCUGUGGAAUCUAUGAAGAUACCAUUGAAAUGUGGUCUGGACACGGUCCUGGGCAACCUGCUCGAGUUGACUCUGCUUGAGGGGAUGGAUCACAUCUUCCUGAGUUUUACAGGGAGCAGCAAUUCACAGAAAAUAAUGUUUGAGAAUGCACAUAAAUAACAAAAAUAAAGGAGCAUCUAUAACCACGUCUUCUAGAAGUUUUUAACCUCCGGCUUAUUUUCUAAAGAUUUGAGACCUAGCCUUUGCCUCUUAAUCUGGUCAGAGUAUGAAUGAAUGCAGUUCACCAAAGAAGCAAUACUGAAAGUAUUCUCCAAGUUAGCACUUCUGUCACUGACCAGGAAAGAGAAGCCUGAGAUGAAAUGUCCCAGAAAUAGUGAGUGAAGGAAGAACUACUUGGAGUGCUGCAAAAUGUUUUCAAGAAUAAGAAUGCUUGGACAAGAUCUUUCUGAUAAGUGGCACAGUAGGACCCACUAGCUUCUCUCUGGCCACGCAGAACAACGUGCCAGAUACAGAUGAAGGCAAAAACCACUUGGAAGGCAAGGUUCAAAUGAAGUGGAAGAAACAUGUUUCUGAAAAAUGUAAGGACAGGUGCUUCAGAAGUAGAACCAGAUCCACACAUCACUGGAUUGGAGCUAUACCAAUGCUGCUACCAGUCAAUAUCUGUACAAACAACUGCACCCAAUGGAAAUUUCUGAAGAGGAAAAUCUUACAGAGAUAUUCAGCAUCUCACCUUAAAUGUUUUUUAUAAUAGUAAGUGUCUGCAAUGUAGUACAGAAUAGAUAUACACUGGCAAUAAGAAAAUAAAAGGCCCGUCCAAAGUUACUUCUGGAGAAAUAAUGAGAUGCUUAACAUUGAUUUCAUUAGAAGAAGAGAUACUGCCCAGCACUUCCUCCCACUGGUGGAUUUUUAAGCUUGGUUUUCAGAAAUUCCCUUUAGAAUACGAACAGUUGCUUUGUGUUUUUCUCUACCCAAUGUGUGAUAAAUGCAGUUAAAAAUAAAAGGAACUGCAUUAUGUGAAAUCCAAAUUAAAAUCUCACACGGUAUUUUGAUAAAGUAAUUCUUGAUUUCAGUGGAGUUACUCUUAGAUUUGCUGUUGAUCUCAUUAUACUCUUACGAGAUCGAAAACAGCUAAGCUGAUUGGCACUGGGAGGAGGUGUUGCAAUCCAUUUUCCAUUCUGGAAGGUAUUUCUUUAUGUUGUACACUGUAUUUGCCAGGUUUGUAAAAUUCUACCUCAAUAUUUAAGGAAAUAAUCUGUAUCACAGUCUUAAAUAGAGCACAGUAUGCAUAAUUCCUUGUUUCGGUGCUUAUUUUACAGAAAAUCCCAUUCUGGUUUCACUUCUGUGACUUGCCUCUUUUUGUUGGUGCUGCUCUUUUAGUUCCUCCUUUAAUUAUUUGGACCCAGACUUUAAAAUAAAACGUUCUGACAUCAUAGUAACAAAGUAGUACUUAGAUAUUCUUUGGUUAGACAGUGAAGAACUUCUGAUUCACAAAAUAUUUGAAUACUGCAUUAAGUACCGAGUUUUCUAGGGGGUUAUGUCAUGGCAUAUUGAUGGCACAGCAGGACAAUGAAAUCAUAUGUUUUCUGAGAAGCAGACUGUUUCCUCCUAACCCUAUAUGCAGACUACUCUGGUGGUUUUGUUUGGUUGAAGAACAUAAGAAAAACAACUACCUCUCACUUUAUUGCACUUCUCACUGCAAAGGCUGGUUUCUUCAUAUCAGCAUGUUUCUAAAGCACAAUCAACAGUUCUCUCCUGAAUUUUUAGAAAAGAGAUUACUUGAAGACAGAGAGUACUAUAAUUUUUCAUGCUUUAGAACGGAAUUUCAUAUCAAACAUCUGAUGCACAUUUGUGGUUUAUCUGCCACUCUUCUGACUUUUUCUUCUUUAUAAAAUGUCCAGCUAUUCACAUAAACAAAAGCAUAAGAAGGUUUCUUUCUCCUCGCUCUCCUCACAGGCAGCCUUAACCAAGUAGCAAGCUUUUUUAAAAAGGGAGACUUCCAAAAAACCAUCUCCAUGCUGUAAAAUCUGCUAGGUGUGGUGGAUGUGUAAUUAAGAGGAAAGCCAGGCACAACGCUGUAUUCUAUUUUUGCUUUGUAUGCAAAAAUGCAUACUGUUUUCCUAAACAGAAGAAACGUAUGCGGUCUGAUGUUUGUGAGCUUUAGGAUGUGAGGUCACAUGCCUUACUAGACUACAUAGUAUCAGUUAGGGAAGUUUCUCCAAGUUUGCUUUCUUGCAUGGUCAGAAUAAAAGCAGAGCGCAAGGUGCCAAGGAUAUUGCCUUCCAAAAAGGUCUGAAGAAUAUCCAGAAUGAGUCAAGCUGAGGAAACCAGUACCCACAUGACAUGGAACACCGUGAAGCUGGUAGUUUGCAUGAUACUGAGCUUGUCAUUUAUUAUUGGGACUCCUGGAAAUUGCAUUGUCAUCUGGACUGUUUGUACUAAAAUGAAGCAAAUGUCUCCUUCAGUCCUGCUGAUCUUGAACCUGGCCAUUGCAGAUAUCCUCGUACUGAUUACUUUGCCUAUCUGGAUUUACUCCUUUGCUGACUCAUGGGUUUUUGGAAUCAUCUUCUGCAAAAUACUGGUCUUUGUUAUUUACUGCAGCAUGUAUGCUAGUAUAUUUCUGAUUACAGCACUGAGCCUGGAGAGAUUAAUGGCUGUGUUUUACCCUUUUGCUGUUCAGAGAUACAAAACGAAGGAGAAGACUUCUUUAAUCAUGGUCCUCAUUUGGUUCCUGUCUGUAGCUUUUGGUAUUUCUAUCAUUCCAUUUCAAGAGACAGACGAAAUCAACGGUGGACAGCAAUGCACGUGUCGCAACUACUCUUCUACUAAACAGAAAGUGUCGUAUCUUUUGCUGGAAACUCUUGCAGGUUUCAUAAUUCCUUUUUUAAUUAUAUGCAUCUCUUAUGUGUGUGUUGCAAAAAGAAUAAGCAAAAUGACUUACCAAUCGAAGCAGCGAUCAGAACGGCUCAUUACCAGCAUUGUGGUGGCAUUCAUUUUAUGCUGGUUUCCUCAUCAUCUUUUCAACAUCCUAGAUAUUAUUUCAAUUGAGAUAGAGCACUCUGAGGAAACGUAUUUGACUCUGGAAAAAAUUGUAGACGUAGGAGAGUAUAUUUCUGGAGCACUUGUGUUUGUCAGUAGCUGCAUUAACCCUCUACUUUAUGCUUUUGCUGCACGAAAAUUUCAGAAUCACCUGAGAAUUGCCAAGAUAUCAAAGCUCUUUGAACAGAUGAGUCAGACUGUAACAGACGAAGACAAGAAAAAGAGUCAUUCUGUAGCCAAACAAGAGACUGUUUCAGUAGGCAUGGAAAAUCUCUAACAAAGAACAUAAGCUUAGUAAAUAAUGGGAUUCUGGGGCAUCCACUCAGUAGUUCUUACAUCUAGAGACAAGUAAAUGUUAUUACAGUUCUGUAUGUUUUAAAAGAGUUGUCAGUAACAACCCUGUUUGGUUCCUAAGCUGGUAUCCACGUCACAAAAUCAAGCACCUCAGUGAUGCUGAGAACCUCAUCAAGGUGGCUGAAAGUUUGAAGUGCAAGGAAUGCAAUAUUUUUACUCUGCAGUAGAGUUGUGAUUUUUAGAAAAAAUGUAGAAAACAAACAACAUUUACAUGGAAAACAAAAUUUGGAAAUUUAAAACUUAAUUGUUUUGUGGAGCAAAACCUGAAGUGGUCAAAAAGUCCCCAUAUAUAUAAUCUGAAGUUCUAAGUGAGCAAGCUUGGAUUCUUAUUAGGGGUAAGAAUGGAUUUCAAGAUUAUUAACGACACAUAACAUUUGUGGGUAGAUGGAAAACAGAGCUACUUUUAUACAGGACUUCAUUUAGGUUUAAAAGUAACAGGGGUUGUUUACACAACUUCAUUUACAGAAGAAUCUUACGUUAAGUAUUAGGUAUGGCAUGCGCUUUCAGAAGAAGGUACAAGAAAUCUGUGUUUCAUUACAGUUACAGACCUCAUGCUAUAUUUGAUCUAGAGUAUGUUGCAUACUUUAGUAGCAACUAAACUAUGAAUAUAUCUAAUAUUUAUACUAUGAGUAUUCUCAAAUGGUUUGACUCAGUUAAGCUCACAAGAUGUCUGUUCAAGGUCUGGAGGAAUUUAAUCAAAGCCUACUGUUUGGGAAGGAGACACUGCUGAGAUUUUUUUGCAUGCAAGAAUGUUAUGGCAGUAGUACAAAGUACCUAACAUCCUAAGAAUUUCACCUUGCACAUAAAAGCUUGUUUUUUUCUAUUCUAGAAAAGAGCAGAACUUGCUUUAAAUAAACAAAUAAAUUAGGACUUUUGAGGAACUUAUUUUUGUUUUGUGCAUGCAAACUCACUGUGAAAAGACUGCAUGGCAUCAAAUGUUUGCUUUCAACAAGUAUUUUUAAUUUCUUCUGUGCUUGACAUUUUUUAUACUUACUUGUGCUUGUUUUUUUAACCAAUGAUUUGUAAUAAGAUGAAGAUAACUACUGACUACUAAGAUUUACUGUUAAUAUCUUAAUAUUGUUAUAUCCUGCAGAUUGUGUUUUGGACAGCUGCAAAUAGUUUUGUAACUCAUAUUUACAAAGAAAUUGUGAAGGACUAACUAGAACUUCAUUUUCAAGAGCUAAUUAUAUAACAGAUGUGGAAAUUUGAGUUAUGUCAAUUUAGCUUGUGAACUGGAAUAACACAGGGAAAUAAAAUCCUUAUAUGUUAA